CAUCUUUUUCCUCAGAGGGGUCCUCCUGAUCUUACUAGGUUUCCCUCUGGGUGUCUGUUGAUUUCGUCAAAGAUCGAAUUUUUAUACGAAUUUCCAGCUAGUAAUAGCAGAAAGUAAUCCUUAUAGCUUCUGGGUUUUUGUCGAAUUGAAUGGCUCGGUUGAUUCUGCCAUGCAAGGGUUCAACUUUGGCGAAGACUAACCUCUUCGGUUUGAUCCCUUUUUCUCCUCAGGUUCAAUCUUCUCGGGCUGUUCCUUUGGCGAAGAGCCUCGUUCGGUACAGGCCCCUGUUGAGUUCAAAGGUGACCUGUAGAAGGAACCGUGGGAUUUUGAAUCCAUCAUUGAUAAGGAGUAGAGAAGCUAGUAAGAGAUUAAUUUGUUCGGUCGCCACAGAACCUGCACCAAAGCAAGUGGAAGACCCAAAAAUGGAGGCCCCGAAAGAAAUCUUCUUGAAAGACUAUAAGUUGCCGGAUUACUACUUCGACACGGUUGAUCUGAAAUUUUCACUGGGUGAGGAGAAGACAAUUGUCAGUUCUAAGAUUGCUGUGUUUCCAAGAAUUGACGGCUCUACUUCGCCGCUUGUUUUGGUUGGACAAGAUUUGAAGCUGCUUUCAAUCAAGGUCAACAACAAAGAACUUAAGGAAGGAGAUUACCAUUUAGAUGCACGAAGACUGACUCUUGUAUCGCCACCAAGUGGUGCUUUCACUCUUGAAAUUGAUAAUGAGAUUUAUCCUCAUAAAAACACUUCCCUGGAGGGCCUAUACAAGUCGUCUGGGAACUUCUGCACGCAGUGUGAAGCAGAGGGUUUCCGGAAAAUUACAUACUACCAGGACCGCCCUGAUAUUAUGGCCAAGUAUACAUGCCGUAUUGAAGCUGAUAAAUCCUUAUAUCCUGUUCUCCUGUCCAAUGGGAAUCUUAUUGAGCAAGGAGACCUUGAGGGAGGCAAACAUUAUGUCCUCUGGGAGGAUCCAUUCAAGAAACCCUGCUACUUAUUUGCCCUUGUUGGAGGACAACUGGAGAGUAGGGAUGACACCUUCACUACUCGUUCUGGUAGAAAGGUGUCUCUUAGAAUCUGGACCCCAGCACAGGAUCUGCCUAAGACUGCACAUGCCAUGUACUCUCUCAAGGCUGCUAUGAAGUGGGACGAGGAUGUUUUUGGUCUUGAGUAUGACUUGGACCUCUUCAAUAUUGUGGCCGUUCCAGACUUCAACAUGGGAGCUAUGGAAAACAAGAGUCUCAAUAUUUUCAAUUCCAAACUUGUCUUAGCAUCUCCAGAAACCGCUACAGAUGCGGACUAUGCUGCAAUUCUUGGAGUGAUUGGCCAUGAGUAUUUCCACAACUGGACUGGCAACAGAGUCACAUGCCGUGACUGGUUCCAACUUAGUCUGAAGGAGGGUCUCACAGUUUUCCGUGACCAGGAGUUCUCUUCAGAUAUGGGGAGCCGAACUGUGAAAAGAAUUGCGGAUGUGUCAAGACUCAGAAAUUUUCAAUAUCCACAGGAUGCAGGUCCCAUGGCUCACCCUGUACGGCCGCAUUCCUACAUCAAGAUGGACAACUUCUACACAGUUACGGUUUAUGAGAAGGGAGCUGAAGUUGUCAGGAUGUACAAGACAUUGCUGGGAAGCCAAGGGUUUCGCAAGGGCAUGGAUCUUUACUUUCAACGACAUGACGGGCAAGCUGUAACCUGCGAAGAUUUCUUUGCUGCGAUGCGUGACGCAAAUGGCGCAGAUUUCUGCAAUUUCCUGCUAUGGUACUCCCAAGCAGGGACGCCUUCCGUGAAAGUGAUCUCGUCCUACAAUGCUGAUGCUCACACUUUCUCCUUGAAGUUUAGUCAGGAUGUUCCACCGACUCCUGGGCAGCCAGUCAAAGAACCAAUGUUCAUUCCUGUAGCAGUUGGUCUUCUCGACUCAAGUGGCAAGGAGAUGCCUCUCACCUCGGUCUAUCACAAUGGAGCACUGCAGUCUCUUGCAAGCAAUGGUGGGCCCGUCUACUCAACAGUCCUUCGGGUGACCAAGAGAGAAGAAGAAUUUGUUCUUUCUGAUAUAAAUGAGCGGCCAAUCCCAUCUCUGCUACGGAAUUUCAGCGCCCCAAUUCGCCUUGAGACUGAUCUUACUGACAGCGAUCUGUUCUUCCUCCUUGCUCAUGAUUCUGAUGAGUUUAAUCGUUGGGAAGCUGGGCAGGUAUUGGCAAGGAAGCUGAUGCUCAGCUUAGUUUCCGAUUUCCAACAGAGCAAGCCACUAGUUCUGAACCAGAAGUUUGUCCAUGGACUCCGAAGCAUGCUUUGUGAUUCAAGUUUGGACAAAGAAUUUAUCUCGAAGGCGAUAACUCUGCCUGGUGAGGGGGAGAUUAUGGAUAUGAUGGAUAUUGCAGAUCCUGAUGCAGUCCAUGCUGUUCGAACUUUCAUCAGGAAGCAGCUUGCGCAGGAAUUAAAGACUGAGCUUCUGAGCACUAUUGAGAGCAAUAGGAGCUCAGAUGAAUACGUAUUUGACCACCCUAGCAUGGCCAGGCGAGCUCUGAAGAACAUUGCCCUCGCAUAUCUGGCUGCUCUUGAGGAUCCUGAGUUAACUGAGCUCGCUCUAUGUGAGUACCGGAAUGCCACGAAUAUGACUGAACAAUUCGCAGCUCUGGCAGCAAUAGCCCAGAAUCCGGGUCAAAAUCGGGACGAUGUUCUAGCUGAUUUUUACAAGAAGUGGCAGCACGACUUUUUGGUCGUGAACAAAUGGUUUGCCCUUCAAGCAAUGUCCGAUGUCCCUGGUAAUGUUGAAAAUGUGCGAAAACUCUUGAACCAUCCCGCUUUCGAUCUGCGCAACCCUAACAAGGUAUACUCUCUUGUUGGAGGAUUUUGUGGCUCUCCUGUUAAUUUCCAUUCCAAGGAUGGUUCGGGCUACAAGUUCUUGGGGGAACUAGUCGUGCAGCUGGACAAGAUAAAUCCUCAGGUUGCCUCGCGCAUGGUAUCUGCCUUCUCGAGAUGGAGACGCUACGACGAGACCAGGCAAAAGCUCGCUAAGGCACAGCUUGAGAUGAUCAUGUCUACUAAUGGACUGUCCGAGAACGUGUUUGAGAUUGCAUCAAAAAGCUUGGCCGCUUGAUUGCUGUGCUAAAGAUGUUAAACUGCUGCUACCUGGGUUUGCAGCAAAAAUUAAAAAUAAGAAUAGCAUUCAUGCGACUGGUACAGUAGCGAUCGUCCCUUGGGAACAGUCUUUUAUGUUUGAGAUUGUGAUCCAAUUUUGGGACACCGAAUAGUUGAACAUGUAUAGAACAUCUCUCCAUCUCGUUAGAUUGCAGUUUCGUGUUUUUUAAUUUUCUUUUUCUCCCCGACUUCCCAAGCAGUGGGAAGAAGCUCAUGAAGACGGUUUAUGCUUUGAAUUCGAAAAAAGGUUCCCAUUAUUGCUUGAAAAA